UGCAACACCGCUAAACGUCAUCGAGGAAAAGAACAUACAUAACCUCACAAUUUUAAGUUCUAACCUCAAAAAUAUAAAUAAAAUUGGUAUAGAAUAAAAUUAAACAUACAUUUUCGUUUUUAAAUAAAAUGUCUAACGAAGAGGACGACUUGCCACAACUGUCCGCAAGUACGUUUGCAGCCCUGCAAGAAUUUUACAAAGAACAAGAAGAAAGGGAAGCAUUGCAAAGCAAUAUACAAGAAAUUGUUCAAAAUGGAAAUGUUGUGUUUGAUGAAGACUGGCAACUGAGCCAGUUCUGGUAUGAUGAAAGCACAAUUGAGGGUCUAGUACAGAUGGUCAUAAAUUCUGUGGGCACAAGGGCAAAAAUUGCUCUUGUUUCCUGUCCCACCCUGUAUAAACUUAUGAAGGAUAAAACUGAUUCGUCUGCAGAAGUAACCCUAUAUGAGUUUGAUCAAAGAUUUGCUGCCUAUGGUAGUGACUUUGUAUUAUAUGACUACAAGGCACCAUUAAAUAUACCAAGAGAUAAGGGAAGUUAUUAUGAUAUAGUAAUAGCAGAUCCCCCAUUUUUAUCUGAAGAAUGUUUAACUAAAACUGCUGUGACAGUGAAAUUUUUGACUAAAGGAAAAAUUAUACUCUGCACAGGUGCAGUAAUGGCUGAUUUAGCUCAAAGACUAUUAGACCUUAAAAAAACAGAAUUCCAGCCUAAACAUAAAAAUAACCUAGCAAAUGAAUUUUGGUGUUUUACCAACUUUCCUUUGGACAAACCGGUUUCAUAGCAAUAAAUACGCAACAACUUUUAUAUAACACUAUUUUUAUUAUUUACUUAAUGUGUGAUAUGUUAACAUGAAAUGCCCCUAUUUAGUUAUUUCA